UGUAUUGCUCAGACCAUGCAGAACAUAUACAAUCAGCUACCAAGAGAGAGGUAUGUCGGGUUUUACGGAUUUCAUCGACCACUGCUGCUUAUCCGUGACCCUGAACUCAUUCGCCACGUCCUUAUCAAGGAUUUCGGGACGUUCCACGACAGGGGAUUGUUCAUCGACGACGAAGAACCUCUCAACAAACAUCUCUUUUUCCUAGCAGGAAAGAAGUGGCGCCAGCUGAGAAUCAAAUUGAGCCCUACGUUCACAUCCGGCAAACUGAAGGGCAUGUUUAAGACGAUCCAGGACUGCGGGCAAGAGAUGGUGGACGUGAUUGGGGAGAUGGUGGACCGCGGGGAGUCGGUGGAGGUUCGCGAGCUGAUAGCGCGGUUCACCACUGACGUCAUCUCCUCCGUCGCCUUCGGUCAGGAGUGCAACUGCCAGCGGAACCCAGAACACGAGUUCCGGCAGUGGGGACGCAAGAUUUUUGAGCCUUCUUGGCAAGCAGCCAUCGCUUUCGUUCUGAACUUCGUCAGCCCAACAUUAAUGGAGUAUCUAAGAAUCAAGGGAGGAAGAUCGGAUGUCAGCAAAUAUUUCCAGCAGAUGGUUGCAGACACUGUCGCUUACAGAGAGAAGAACAACUUUAGAAGGAAAGACUUCAUGGACCUUCUCAUUCAGCUAAAAAAACAAGGGAUACAAUUGUCGAUGGAUGACUUGGCAGCGCAGGCGUUCGUCUUCUUCGGUGCAGGCUUCGAGACUUCUUCAACAGCGACGAGCUUCACGCUUCACGAAUUGGCGCUCAACCCUGACAUUCAGAGCAAGCUGCACGAUGAAAUUGACGCCGUGCUGAAGGAAAACGGUGGUAAAAUUUCCUACGACGCCAUCCGCAAAAUGACUUACCUCGACAAGGUUGUAUCUGAGUCUCUCAGGAAACACCCACCAGCAGCAGUACUCAACAGAGAGUGCAACCAAGACUACAAGAUUCCAGACAGCGACGUCAUUCUGGAGAAGGGUACUGCAAUCGUGCUGUCUGUGCUGGGCCUCCACCACGACCCCACGCAUUUCCCUGACCCCGACCGUUUCAACCCUGAGAGGUUCUCCGAAGAGGCCAAAGCUAAGCGCCACCCCUACGUCUACCUGCCUUUUGGAGAGGGACCACGCAUUUGUAUAGGUAUGCGAAUGGGCCUGUUACAAACCAAAGUGGGCCUCACGAACAUCCUCUCUAAGUAUAGCGUGCAAACCACGCAGAAGACAGUAGCAAACCUGGAUUACCAUCCACGGUCUCCAAUCCUCAUGGCUAAAAGUGGAAUCCAUCUUCGGUUUGUAAAGCGUUUCUAGGGGGACAACCAAGAAGAAUGAUCUUCACAAGCAAAGUGAUCAGUAUUGGUGCCUGAAAUUGUAAUUACUGUGUUCUGUG